GUUCACCCCGGCGAGGCAGAGUAUUUAGACCAUCGAGAUGAUAUUAAACAUGGGCGAACUCUCAUCUUCUUUUUUCCUAAAGGUUCAUCUAUUGCGAUUUCCUCAUACGAGACAAUACCCACAAGGAGCUACUACGAUUCCAAUCCCCAAAGCAUUAUCCUUCAAUAGUCAACAAUCAAACCAUCAUGUCUUAUGCUGCAAAUUCCAGGGCCCCCCAACUCGACCCCUCGAAAGUCUCUCAAGAACCCACAGGAGCUGUGACUUCUGACUCCCUAGCUGCUGAUUCAAUCAAGCAAGGUGGUGGGUUUGCCCAAAACGACAAUGCUGUCCCACUGUCAGUCAAGGGAGCCUCGUCGACUUUAAACACCACAGACACCUCGGCCGCGAGCGCUCUCCAUCCGGCACCUUCUGGUGCCGCACGCGAGCAACAGGACGCUAUGGGUGCGGGUCCAGAUGAGCGUGGCACGACCGGACUCAAGCUUGACGCUCUGGACGACCCUCAAUUCAGCGGCACUCACUCCCUGCAAGGGUAUUCUGGAGGACCCUCCACUAAGACCAUUGGCUCGUCUGCAAGCACUGGACCAGCAGGUGCUUCAGAUUUUGGAGCCACCACUACAUCAACGUCUGGAACACCUGCCUCUGGUACUUCCAACAUCACAUCUUCGUCAGCAACAGCAACGUCCAAUGCCUCUGCUGGGGCCGGUGUUCGACCGCAUGUCCCCACUGCGCCUAAUUACACAGGCGCCGUAACAGGGGAUAUUGCUCCGUCUGGGACAUUCAAGCCCAAAGGGUCCAACUUGGAUGAUGCCGACCUGACAGAUAGUAUCCCCAAGACCAAGACGUUCACUGGCAAUGUAGGUGGGGUCAACGACCCUGGUCGUUUGGCCGAGCGAGACUUCGAAGGAGUCAACACUGAGCCUACUCAGGAGUCUAGUCAAAGUGGCACCGCAGGAGGUCGUCAGAGAGCCGGCGAGCUGGAAGUGGGUGGUAAAUUCAGUGCGUUGGAGAGUGAGAGAGCCUAGAGAUCUUGGUCAUGUAAUAUCAAAAGUACAGGGAGUCUUCCAUGGGCAUCAUUAGUUCAUCAAGGUCUGCAUUAUGAGUUGCAAGGAUAUAAAACACAUGUUAGCAUGGUUCUGAAGCAUGAAAAGGCUAUGAAUGCAC